UCCGGUGUCGAGAAGGUAGCGGAAUCUCAGGGGAAGUACAGGGUACCUGUGUCGGCGGAUCGCAACAGGUAAGAGGUAACGAGGAUCGAGCCAACGGGCAUCGGGUAACUGAACGGGAGGAGGAGCACCGCGGAAGAGGGGAUGGAGGGGCACGUAGGCGGAGAGGUGGAAUUCAGGUGCGAGCAGGAGGCUAGCGGAAAAGGCGGCGGUAGUAGUUGCCUCCUGGAUCGUGGAUCCUCAGUUUACCGCGACCAAUCGACGCGUCCAGCCGACCAAGAAUCGAGUGGAGCAUGGUCCCGUUCGAUCACCGUUAAACGAUGAAAGCACCGAUCGGAUUGCUAGCGCUGGCACUGACGACCAUAGGAGCCGCGGGCGCCGCCUUGAAUCCGGAAGGAGUCGAGUGCGGCGACGUACGUUGCACCACCGUCGAGUACUGCAGCCACCACGACAAACAUUGCAAACCCUGUUCCAACAUCUGCAACGUGACCGGUCGCAACUACGAGCCCGUCGAAUGCAACACCGAUUGUCAAGAGUACCUGCACGACCAACGAUACGUCCUUCUCAAACAGUACGACGAUCUGCGAGGGGAAGUCGGGAGAUUAUGGAUUCUAGUGGCGGUGUCGACCACGGCGGCGGUUUUCUCGCUACUCUCCUCCAUGUACCUGCUCGCGAAGAUGUUCCCGAGAUGGGUGAAGAUGCGAGCCGCCUUGGCUCGAAUAUUCACCGGAAAGUGUACGAAGAGGGCGAACAACGGUAUCAAUCGGCGCAGUCACAACAAUAAUAACAAUAAGGUGCAAGAGGAUGCGGAAUCAGGCACGGUGAAGCACAACGGAUUGAAACUGACGAUGCCGACGAUAAGCGCGAGCGUGGCUCCUUCUCGAGAGCCCGAACGCGGAACCGGAAACGAGAGUGGAACCGCGAGCGGGAGCGGUAGCAGAAGCGGAAGCGGAAGCGGACUGUGUCACACGACCCCGAAUACCACCACCACCUCCUUAUCGGGGAGGCAUCCGAGCGAGGACACCACGCUGGAUUACGCUUACGAUAAUCCAGCCAUGACACCUAGCCCGGAAACCGCUCAGCUUCGAGCGAAACGCGAGAGUUCCUUCUAAUGGAUCAACUCGGUCUCGCGAAACCAGUAUUGUACAUAUACAAAGUAAUUUUAAGUACUUAAAAAGCGACGCGAGGAAUCACGCGUUCCUUAACAGAGAUCCUUAUCAGCCAUUCCGUCCACGAAAGGCCUUUCGAGCGAAGCCGUGUCACGGUUCGCAUAGGUCAGCGACGGUGAACGCGGUGCGACGAUCACGACCAGCCCGGCGAUCGAUAAUCGUCCGAAGAACGCGCGCGUUUCGCUCAACUCGAAUGCUCAAUCGUCUAUGCCUUUGGAAAACAGCGCGCGUUCCAUUUUCAUUCUCUUUUCAACCCCUUUGGUCGUCGACUCGCGCAAACUCCGUUGACCUUAGUGUAAUGUCGUAAGUAAAUUCGAGCCCGCAACGAGCAGCGAUCUCGCCUCGAACCGACGUCUUCCAAGGCAAACUCUUUGCCUGCUCGUGGGUUCUCGAGGGAACGAAGUCGAGACGGAUCGCCGGUCGUUCCGCGCGGGAGGAGAGAAUCAAUUUGUACCCUGAUCGUUCGUUAACCUCUACAGUAGGUAUUUUUAAUUUUAAGACGAUUUUCGUUGUUGUUGCUAUUGUAGUUUGUACGAAUAAACGCAAGAACGUGCACUGGAA